AUGGACUCCACAGACGGCAUGGGCUUACGCCCGUCCGCACUGACAUUCGACUUCAUAGCGAAAUGCUCAACCACCAAAGCCCGCGCAGCAACCCUGCAUCUCCCUCACGGCCCUGUACAGUUACCAAUGUUCAUGCCCGUCGCCACGCAGGCCUCACUGAAAGGAUUAUCACCAAAGCAACUUGAGGAGACGAGCUGUCGACUCUGUCUGAACAAUACUUACCAUCUUGGUCUGAAACCAGGCCAAGCGACACUGGACGCUAUUGGUGGAGCCCAUAAGCUCCAGUCAUGGCCGCACAAUAUCUUGACAGAUAGCGGCGGCUUCCAAAUGGUCUCCCUGCUCAAGCUGGCCAAAGUCACAGAAGAGGGUGUUCGCUUCUUGAGUCCGCACGAUGGAACGCCAAUGCUCUUGACUCCCGAGCAUUCCAUAUCUUUACAAAACUCCAUCGGCUCAGACAUCAUCAUGCAACUGGAUGAUGUGAUCGCGACGACGUCUCCGGAUCUUACCCGGAUCAGAGAGGCGAUGCAUCGGUCGGUCCGGUGGCUUGAUCGAUGUAUUGCUGCGCACAAGAAGCCGGAGUCACAGAAUCUCUUCUGCAUAAUUCAAGGUGGGCUGGAUCUGGACUUGCGUCGCGAGUGCUGCAAGGAGAUGGUGAAUCGUGACACGCCCGGCAUUGCUAUCGGUGGUCUCAGUGGUGGUGAAGCCAAGGCCGAGUAUUGUAAGGUCGUUAAUACAUGCACUGGUCUCCUCCCAGACCAUAAGCCACGCUAUGUCAUGGGUGUUGGCUAUCCUGAAGACAUUUUGGUCUCGAUUGCCUUGGGUGCGGACAUGUUCGAUUGCGUGUGGCCGACACGAACAGCGCGGUUUGGCAAUGCUAUCACGAAUACCGGCACACACAAUCUCAAGAACGCAGCAUACGCCUACGACUUCGGCCCAGCCGAGGAAGACUGUGAAUGCAUGUGCUGCAGGAAGCCCGAGAACGGUGGUCUCGGCAUCACUCGAGCAUAUAUACAUCACACAGCGGCAAAGGAGACGGCUGGUGCUCACUUGCUGAGUAUACAUAAUGUCCACUAUCUGCUCGAUAUGGUCAGACGAGCACGAGAAGCUAUUGUUGAGCAGCGAUAUCCUGAAUUCUUGCACCGGCACUUCGACAGGCUGUAUGCAGGAGACAAGUCCAAAUACCCACAUUGGGCCGUUGACGCACUCAAAGGUGUCGGGGUUGAUCUCAUGUCGCCUCAACAUUGA